AUGGCUUUUGUCAGCUCAUUUUCUCCUUCAGUGGGAACCUCAGCAAACACUUUCUAUGGCGAACCCAACUUCGCAGCAUCACUUUCUUCAUCUACUGCUUUCCUGGGAAAACCACUUGCCUUCAUCUCUCCUUCAGUAUUUUCUGGUAAAAAUUCAAAUGCUGCAAAACGUCUGGUUGUCUAUUCCAAAAAAUUGUCUGGAUUGGAGCAGGCAAUGAGGAUAAGAAGACAACGGGAACUCGGGCCUUUUGUCCCUGACAAGAAAAGGCCUCCUUUGAGGCGAGGAAAGGUGUCUCAACGGCUCCCGGUGCCUGAUCACAUACAAAAACCUCCUUAUGUUGCGACAAACAUAUUGCCAGAAAUUUCAAAGGAAAUUCAAAUUCAUGAUGCAGAGGGCAUUUCUAAGAUGAGAGCUGCUUGUGAACUUGCUGCUCGGGUGCUAGAAUAUGCAGGAACAUUGGUUAGGCCAUCAGUGACAACAAAUGAAAUUGACAAGGCAGUGCACCAAAUGAUUAUUGAAGCUGGUGCUUAUCCUUCACCUUUAGGAUAUGGUGGUUUUCCAAAAAGUGUGUGCACAUCAGUGAAUGAAUGCAUGUGCCAUGGGAUACCUGAUUCUCGUCAGUUACAGGAUGGCGACAUUAUAAACAUUGACGUAACAGUAUAUUUAAAUGGUUAUCAUGGUGAUACGUCAAAGACUUUCUUCUGUGGGAAUGUGAGUGAUAAAGUGAAACGCCUUGUGAAGGUGACUGAGGAAUGUAUGCAUAAAGGAAUUGCUGCUUGUAGAGAUGGCGCUCUUUUAAGGAAAAUCGGAAAGAAAAUCAGCGAGCAUGCUGAUAAAUUUGGUUAUGGUGUGGUUGAUCGUUUUGUGGGACAUGGUGUUGGCACAGUAUUUCAUUCUGAGCCGCUUAUAUUUCACCACCGCAAUGAUGGUACGGGUUUUAUGGUCGAAGGACAAACUUUUACAAUUGAACCCAUUCUCACAUUGGGAAGCACCGAUUGUAUUACAUGGGAAGAUAACUGGACAACCCUGACAGCUGAUGGCAGCAUGGCUGCACAAUUUGAACACACCAUUUUGAUCACAAAAACGGGUGCAGAAAUUUUAACCAAAGUCUAG